CGCCCACCGCGCUGUGUUGGGGCUGGUCCGGGAGUGGGCACACGGGAGCUGCACUCGCGGCGCGCCAUGGCCGGGUUGUUUGCACUGCUUGGCCUGGCGGGAAGAGUGGGCGCCCGGCUGCGGCCCCUGGCCCCUGGUUUCCUGGGAACCGCCACCUCCUGUGCUCCACAGCUCUGGGCCUUGUCCUUGUCCCGCCCGGGUCCGGACAUCCGACUGCUGCGCACAGCCCGCGGGGACUGUCUCAGCCGCCAGGAGCCCAACAGAAACGCCGAGCCAGGAAGCGGUGUCACGGGCCCAGAGAAAAAGCUAAGCAAAUCUCAGCAGCUGAAGAAGGUUUUCCAAGAGUAUGGGGCCGUGGCCGUGUCGCUGCACGUCGCCAUCUCACUGGUCUCCCUGGGGAUAUUUUACACAGUUGUUUCCAGCGGUGUAGAUAUGUCUGCGGUCCUGCUUAAGCUUGGCUUUCAAGAGUCGCUGGUGCAGUCCAAAAUGGCGGCCGGCACCGGCACCUUCGUGGUUGCCUACGCUGUCCACAAGUUGUUUGCACCCGUGAGGGUCAGCAUCACCUUGGUCUCCGUGCCCUUCGUCGUCAGAUACUUCCGCAGUGUCGGACUCUUCAAACCUCCGGCCUCCAAGCCUUGAAGCCAGUUUCUUCAGAUCUGCUGAAUUUGGGGUCGUUUGCAAGGUGGUUUUCUUUUCUGUUGGGGGAAGGGAGGGGCAGAGGCUGAUCGCUAUGUCCCCAAUGGGUUGGUUUGACUUGGACCGACAAACAUCUGGUGUUGUAAUUUACUUUUUUUUCCUUCUUAAAUGCUGUUCCUCAUGUAUGUGACCUAAAAUGUCACCGAGGCAUCAAAAUGAGUUGACAGCCAGGCCUGGUGGCACCGGUCAGUAAAGCCUGCUGCUGUGGAGGCUGAGACAGGAGGAUCUCAAGUUCAAGCCUGCUUGAGCUACUUAGACUUAGUGUAGGGUCAGCUUAACAAUGUAUAAGACUGUCUCUGUUCACCGGUGAAGAGAGGGCUGAGCCCUGCCCAGGAGGUGGCUGAAAUGCAACUCCCAGCACAAAAUGAAACUGCCUACACAUGGUUCCUCUAGAUCAGUGGGGCAGGAGUGCUGUCUGCAUGGCUCCUGGGGGCUAACCUUCGCUCGGGAAUCUUAUAAAGCAGUGGUUGAUUCGCUGGCUUCUCGAGCCCUGCCUGCCCUGUGAUGCCACUGGCUGCAGCCUGCAGUUUAAUAUGCAACGUUCAGCAACAGUGCCAGCACCACAAUCAGUGAGGCGAAAAUGAACAGUCCACAGUCACGCUCCACAUCAACAUCAAGUCCUUGACGUUCACGGCACUCACUUUGGGGAAAGCGGGCCAAGAACGUCUCACGCACUUCCUGAGCUCCAGGCCCUGGAGGCUGCCUGGGCGGGGACCCUGCCGCUGACCUUUCAUAGAUACUGGGCAGUGCUGUUUGUAAAAUACAGAAAUGCUGCCCAGUUGUAAUGUCAUCACUGGGCUCCUGAUGCCCAUAUUCUGGGGACCUCAGAUACUGACAUGGAAGCUAAACGCAUCGUAGCUCCCUUAGACAAUCCACUUAACUCUCUGAAACUUGAGGCAUUCCAGACCUGAUAUGUUUACAGUGUAUCGCUGAAUUUUUUUAAUUGAAUUAAUCAGAUGCAAAAAUAUUUGUACCACUUUCUGGGGGGCAGGGAAGGAAAAUAUUGCUUGUUCGAACUGUAAAGACACCAAGAAAUGAUACUAGAUGAGGAGAAGAGAGAUGUCUUAAUUAGGGUUCUAUUGCUGGGAUGAAACACCAUGACCGAAUGCACAGUGCCAUUGGGCAGUUCCUCAAGAGCAGGGAGGGCAGGAGGCCGGAGGCCGGAGGCAGAGCUGACGCAGAGACCCUGGAGCAGUGCAGCUCACUGGCUUGCUCAGCCUGCUUUCGUACAGAACCCAGGACCGCCAGCUCAGGGAUGGCAGCACGUCUCAACUCCUUUGAGUUCUCAACUCACUUCUCGGGACUCCUUUGCCAAACUUCUAUUUCAAUUCAAAACAGUAGCGAAAUUAUGAAGUAGCAGUGAAAAUAACCUAAUGGGGGGGGGGUGUCACCACAACGUGGGGAACUGUAUUAAAGGGUCACCCCGCCAGGAAAGUUGGGAACCGCAGCUGUAGAAGGGAGGUUAGAAUAGAAAUUCAAGCAGAGACUCAAACUGAGGCUUCCUCCUCCAGGAAGCCAGCAUCAGUCAGAGCAGGAAUUGGCUCCAGGACUCAAGCCUCCCCUCUGGGCAGGCUGAGGUGGGGGCAGUUAUUCUGUCGGAUCCAAAGGAAACUCCAUUCCCCCAAGGCAUCCCAAAUAUCCAGAAUCCGAUUCACUGGAUGUAGGGUUUCUGCCGGUUCCGCUUCAGGAACUUGUGAAACUGGUUCUCUCCAACGGAGUCAUGUCCCUUACUGCUGGCAGAAGGGACUCAUGGCUCUCCCAUUAUUAUAUACGUGGCACAUAAUGGCUGCUAUCAUAAGAGCCUGAUACACAUGUGCGUUCCUAGUCCUUCCUGUCCCCUCCUGCCCUAAACUGCCCCCAGCUCGCGGGCUUCCCUUCUCUCCUGUGUUAGCCUCCCCUGUCUCACAGAUACCAGGCCAUGUUCAGUCCACUUCUCUCUGAACUCUCCCAGGUGCCUCUGGCUCUCUCCUGUCUAUAAUGACCCUCCCCGCAACCACGCCGUGUGGGUCUAUAGCCACACCUGCACACACCCACACCCACCCUCUGGGAGCUAGUGUUUGAACUUUGAAGUCUGCUCAGCUGCGUGGUGGGGAGGACUGUGUUCGGUUUUUUUCUAGCUCACGAUUCCUUUUAAAUUAUGUUGACAGCCAGGAGAGAACUGUUAACUAGCAGAAUGCCUUAGACGGAGCUCUGGCUGACAGUCUCUUAGCCCAUGGUUACCCGAGCCUUUGGUCUCAGUUAACAUUUAAAGGGUUUUGUUUUUGUUUUUCUGAGACAGAGUCUCCAUUCGUGAGAUCUCUGAAGUGGGAUUGUCGUAUUUUCCUUAAUACAGCCCACUGCCAAAGAGUUUUCACCGAUUUAAAAGCAGGAUGUAUUACAGAAAUUCCAAGGACAGCUGAGCGAGAUGCCCCAGGCCGUGGCAGGGGGGCUGGAAGGAGCCUCGCCGUCAUGAUGAAACAGAAGCCGCAUUAGCUUCAGGCUCUGGACGCUCACCCCGGCUGCAUCUAUGCAAAAAGACACAUUGAAAACAGCAAUAAAACUGGUCCUACUCACAGCCAUGGAUCUUCCAAACCUAACCCCGUGCUCAGGCCUGCAGCCAGAACACAGGAAGAGUUGAGGUUGAACAACUAAAGCACCACAUAAACCAGCAAGACGUGCAAAUCUGCUCGGAGGUAACACUUGGUUACCUUUAAGUGGAUCAGGAGCAAACUAUUUUAAGAUGUUAGCCAUUGUGUGUCUCAGUUUUUUAAGCAGACCAAGUGAACGGCUUAGAGUCUGUGGAACAAAUAAAAACCUUUGUCAAAGUA